CACACCGCCCUCACACAGCUCCGACACCGCCCUCCCGGCGCCCCCGCCGCCCUCACACAGCCCGGCCUCUCCACGCAGGCGCCGCCGCCGGCGCUUCCGGCAGCGCUGCGCUGGAUGGCGGGGCCCGGGGCUGCGGAGCCCGGGGAGGGAUGGACGGAGGAGCCGCAGGAGCCCGGCGAGGGAUGGACGGAGGAGCCGUGGGGCAGACGGACGGCGGAGCGGCGGCGGCUGUGGGUGCCGGGCGGGCGCUGGCUGGCGGCCGUGCUGCCGCUGCUGCUGGUGCCGCUGCCCUGCGCAGGCCAGAGCAGCCUGCCGAGCCCAGAGGACGUGCGGGUGCACGUGGUGAACACCAACUUCACCCUGAGCUGGGGGUACAGGGGCAGUGACCCCCGGGUGACAUUCUCAGCACAGUUCCAGUGGCCGGAGCUGGAGGACGCGGGCUGGCGGGAGCUGCCGGGGUGCCAGGCUGUGGCUGCCACGGGCUGUGACUUCUCCUCGGCCAUCUCCGAGUACUAUGACGCCCACUACGUGCGCGUGAGGGCCCAGGCAGGGCCGCUGCUGUCCCCCUGGUCCCAGGUCCUGGAGAUGGUUCCGGAACAAGUCGCUCAGAUUGGUCCCCCAGGGCUGGAAUUGCAGUCCACAAAUGGAGUUGUAAAAGUUAUCGUUUCUCCUCCGGAAGCAAAUCAGAGGAAAAAAAUGUGGAUCAAUGAUCUGAGUUUUAAAUACAACCUGGUCUUCUGGGAAAACUCCUCACAUGCUCAGCUCCAGAGCAAAACUGUUUUCCCUGUUGACACCAUUGAUGACCUUGCCCCAGACAGCACCUAUUGCUUCAAAGUCCAAGCAAACCUCCCCACGGAGGGCAAGCAAGGCUUGUUCAGCCCCACCAGCUGUGUGAAAACCACCCAGAAAGUGAAGGACCUCCUGUGUGCCGCCAACCUGAGUGUCCUGGCUCUGAACAUGAAAUUCCAGCUGCUGUGGAGCACCCAGGAGAAUCAGGGUGUGACCUACAACGUGCAGUACCUGCUUGGCUUCUUGAAGACGCUCCACGAUGAUUACUCAGAGAAGUGGCUCAGUGUGCCCAGCUGUGAGAACAUCACCAGCACCUGCUGCAACUUCACCUCCAUCAUCACCCCCGCUGGAUUUUAUUACCUGCGAGUGCAGGCCAGGCAGGGACACCAAUCCUGCUUCUCCAGGGAAGUCAGAGUGGAUCCUCUGAAAACAAAUGGAAUUGGCCCUCCUGGUGUAAGGCUGGACCUCAGUGACACUUUGCUCCACAUCCUUAUUUCUCCUCCGGGAGGAGAUGAGGAGGAAGUCAUGAGGGACCAUUAUGACUUGUCCUACAGGAUCCUGUACUGGAAGAAUUCCUCAGAUAUGGAGGAGGAGGUGAAGCAGAAGGAGGUGAAGCAGACCAUAGCCAUGGUCCCUGAUGUGUCCCCCUCCGCGCUGUACUGUGUCAAAGUGCAGGCCUUCUCUGAGCCCUACAACAAAAGCAGUGCCUACAGCCAGCAGGAAUGCAUCCACACCCCUGCAGGUACACAAUUGCCUCUGAUUAUUUUUGGGAUUUUCAUGGGUGCCCUGCUGGUUGUCCUGCUGGUGGCCACUCCUCUUGUUUUUGUGCUCUACCAAGCCUACAACAAAAUCAGAUACGUGUUCUUCCCCUCCUGCCAGCCUCCCCUGAACAUCGAGGGGUUUGGAGCACAGCCCUUCAGCAGCCCUUACCUGUCAGCUGCAGCAGAGGAAUCCGUGGAAAAUUGCUGUGUGAUUGAGUCCAUGAUCACAGAAGAGGGAAACCAGAUUGUUUUUACAGACUACAAACAUUCCAGCCAGAGCAGUCGAGACUCAGGGAAUUAUUCCAACGACGACAACACUUCUGGGAGCAAAGGAUCCAAAGAAACACUGGAAAAGGAAGUGGUGUAACUUUGGGAAAUCAGAAUUCCUUUAUGGGAUUGCCAACUUCACAAACACUUCAAGCCUCUUUGUGGUGGAAGUCCCAGCCUGAGGGGGACACUGUGACCUUUGGGAUUCUCAGGGGGACACUGUGACCUUUGGGGUUCUCAGGGCACACUGUGACCUUUGGGAUCCUCAGGGCACACUGUGACCUUUGGGAUCCUCGGGGACACUGUGACCUUUGGGAUCCUCGGGGACACUGUGACCUUUGGGGUUCUCAGGGGGACACUGUGACCUUUGGGAUUCUCAUGGCACACUGUGACCUUUGGGAUUCUCAUGGCACACUGUGACCUU